AUGAGACAAAAGGAGAGGGGCACAUCCAGAAAUAACCGCCAGAGGUGCUGCACGGCCCCCUGCCCAGCCUGCCGGGUGAGAGAUCUCGGGGUUGGACUUGUGCCAGCUUGGUGGGGUUCCGGCUUAGGUACAGCUACCGGGAGCCCACAGGGUCGACCCCGGCAGACGAAGUGUUGGCAGAACAUCCCGCCUCACUCUGUCUCCCCGGGACACACUCCUGUUAUGGGAUUGGCAUCUUUCCUCUUACUCCUGGCAACACUUCAGCAGCUUCAGCGAUGGACGGGGCAGCCACUGGAGGAUGAUAAAGUGCUCCCAAGUCAGGUCCAGCCCUGGACAGCAGGUCACAGUGUGAGGAAGUGGAUGACAGAUGCUUCUGUCAGUGUUCCAUCGCUGGACAACCUCCUCCUCCUGAGGUUCCUGGUCAUCAGGCCUGACGUGGAAGAACAAGACAGCAGCACAGUGACCACACUCAUGGGUGGCCCCGGUCAGAUCUGGUCCAGAGGUCACACGGUCACUUGUCCCGACGAGGCUGCCCCGUCGUGGGUCACCUGCUGCCCGCCUCACCCCUCGUUAUUUAUCUCCUCUUGA